AUGUUGGCCAAAAACAAGCGAAUUACUGAUAUCUCUCAAAAAUUCAAUACAGAAUUGCGAGGAUCAGCUUGCAUACGAGAAGAUUGGACCUGCCUUCCCUCUGCUCUCGCAAGUAAUAGCAGCAACAGUAGGCUUCUUGCUGUUGACAAGAAAAGGCCAAGAAUCCUUUCUCCCACUAAGCCUUCACUUCCCUUCGACCCUUCAAGAGGAGCGGAAUUGACUUAA